UUCCUUGGCCGACCAUUAUCACUAAUAAUCCACCUCCCACUUUCAUCCUUAAAUUCCUCGCUUUUCCUCUUCACGUCGCUCAAUCCUCAGCGCGUCUCUGAUUGGCUCGUCCAUCCCGUCGUCACUCAGCAGGGGGGACAGCGGCGGGCGGAUAUGGAGCUCUCAGAUUGGCAGAGGCAGCGCAGAGCUCCAGGUACCGCUCCUUUGUGAAAGAGAACCGGGCUGACAGAGAGCAGCAGCAGCAGCGGCGGCACAGGAGAGUGCCGCACCCUUUCUGCUCCUCCUUAGCGGAUGACUGUGCGCAGGUUACACGCGCUGGAAACUCCCGGAAGCAGCAGGAAAGUGCCACUGGAGUGCUCAAGAGGCGUACAGAGCCCUCAGGUGAUCUCAGAUGUAGGUACAGUCUGACCUACAUUAAAGUUAAACAACUCCACGAAAUUUGAACUGGAAGUACCUGAGGGACAAGUUCAUAGUGGCAAGGAAAAGACUUCCCUGAUGGUGUUGGAAACGCCUUAACAGGUGACGGCUUGGGACUUUGGAUCUUUUUAGUCGGCCUUCCAACUCAUGGCAAGCCGACCUCCAACCUGCCGAAGAACACAGCUGUAAACGCCGCCACAAUCUUUAGGCUUCUAUUGCCUGUCAACAAAGCGUCCAUCUUUUUCAAGUCUUCUCUUGACGCCAUGUCCAGCAAAGAUUCUAGCGUCGCCAUAUGUUACUAUAACGAAAGUGUGAAAUUUUUUUACAAUAAUAGCAACAAGACAAUUGCUGACGUCUGGCGCACACAGGACUAUGCGGUUGUCUCUUUGGGACUGUUUGUUUGCUUUAUAGUUAUCUUUUCAAACCUUUUGGUUAUAUUGGCCAUUUUCAAAAACCGACGCUUUCACUUCCCCAUCUACUACCUCCUGGGUAAUCUGGCUGUUUCAGACUUGUUCUCAGGCGUUGCCUACCUCCACUUGAUGUUUCACACUGGCCCUUGGACCAUAAAUCUAUCUCAGUACCAGUGGUUUGUUCGCCAAGGGCUAAUCGACACCAGCCUCACGGCCUCCGUCCUCAAUCUCCUUGCUGUUGCCAUGGAGCGACACCAGACCAUCUUCAACAUGCAGCUGCACAGCAAGAUGAGCAAGCGGCGGGUUUUCAUCAUCAUAUUUUCCAUCUGGAUGGUGUCGAUUAUUAUGGGCCUUUUUCCCACCAUGGGAUGGAACUGUCUGUGCGACCUGGAGAAGUGCUCCACUAUGGCGCCGCUCUACAGUCGCAGUUUCCUGGUGUUCUGGGCGCUCAUCAACUUGAUUACUUUCUCCAUAAUGGUGGCCAUCUACACCCGGAUCUUCUUUUAUGUGAGGCACAAGAGCAGGCAGAUGUCUGAACACACAACCGCGACCAGACACAAAGAGACUGUUCUCGGCUUGAUGAAGACCGUUUCAAUGAUCCUAGGCCUCUUCGUGCUCUGCUGGACCCCGGGCCUCGUUCUGCUGAUGCUUGACGGUCUCGAUUGCGAAAAAUGUAGAGUGCUGCUAUACGAGAAGUACUUCCUGGUGCUGGCCGAGUGCAAUUCUUUCGUCAACCCAAUCGUCUACUGCUUCAGGGACAAAGACAUGAGGAAAACCUUCAGGGAGCUGCUGUGCUGCCUGUGCGGCCGGGGCCAGAGCCCGUCUAAUAAUGACUUUACCACCCUCGAGGAGUCGAGGCUUCGCACCAUCCGGAAGACGGUGAAGACCAACGGGACGCCUCUCAUGAAUCACGUGUCGGAGGAUCACGCCGCCGCCUCAGACAGCUUCCACUGACACGAUCUGAAACGCUCCCUGAACGGCAUCUACCGAUGUCCGAAUGCUUUAAAAAGAAGACGGCGCGUCUCUGACCAGCAGGCGGACGUGAAAUCCGAGCGAUUUUUAAUCAUUCUUUCAAUAGACUUGAACUGUUUCUGAAUGCGAGCUGCACUCCGGUUUUAGAAGCACUCCACAAAUCAGCACCGAGAACAGCAUGACGGCGUGCAGAAGAAGUGAAAGGACUGUUACCACGGUGGCCAUUUUUGAAAAAGACCAAUGCAAUGUAAGCCCUGCCGCACUGUGUUUUAUGUGCGCGCAAAGGCUGCCACGUCAACUCGCCAACCUCUCUUCCUGUAGAUUAGAAACAUUAUUGCUAAAGUGAAAAACGGUAGCUUAAAAAUCUCUUCGAUUUACGCUUUGAGACAUUUAGUACUUUCAUAAGUCGGAGCUCGUGUAAAAGACAUUUUCAUCGCAAUGCAAAGAAUCCAGAUACAAAUUGCCGGUUUAUGAAAAACUUUUUUUCCCUCCAUAGUUUCCCGCUUUUUCUACAAAAGGCAGCUAAAUGUUUGUAGCUUAGAGAUUAUGAUGUCUGUUUGCACCAGAGGUUAUUUUAUAAAGCAAGCCAUUAACUGUAAAUAGUUAACGUUGUAACUUAUCACUUUUUUUGUGCCUAAAACUGUCUUGAAACCACUGUGGUUGUUAUUAAUCUGACAUUGAGCCGCAGAGGAAGGACUUGUUGACACAUUUUCCUUUUUACUGUUUUUAUUUUACAGUUUCUUAGGAACUAGAUUUGUUUUUUGUUUGUUUGUUUGUUUGUUUUUUUAAUGGCUUAUUGUUUUUAUUUGGGAGAUUUUAUCAGGUCGAAUCAGACUCACAUAUUUGUCAGAUUUUAGGAGCUACAUUUUUAAUGUUGUUUUAACUAUUUUUUUUUUUUAUCCCAAUGCAGCGCUUUGCAACAGUGAUCACACCCUUUGAAUUUUCACACAUUUUAUCACCUUACAAAACACAAAGUUCAAUAUGUUUUACUGGGGAUUUUAUGUGAUGCAUCAACACACAGUAGAGCAAAAUGAAAAUGGGUACAAAAAAAAACAAAAAAAGAAGUAGAUUUGCAUAGAUUUUAUGGAGCAUGUUCGCUGCAGCUGUUCAAUAAAGGCCUAAAUGUAACUAAUUGUGUGACGUUUGAAGGGAAACGGUUGGGUUUGAUUUUUUUGGGGGGUGUUCAGAUGAAUGCCACACAUCUCAUAUUUUACUUCCCCUGGUCACAUAACGUGACUUGGUGUUGGAUGCUCACACACAAUCCCAGUACAAUGUAUACUUUUGGGUUUUAGAUGGAAAAAGUUCAGCGCCUGUGGAUACUGUUGCAGCGUUUUUGAGUUUUAAAAACUGUUUUUCCACGUCAGGCUGGCUCACGAAGGCCUCUGUGCGUUUUUCUUUUUCUAACAAUUACCGCUGCAAGUUUUUGCUGCACAAUACGUCUCUGUACUGUGAGAUGAUCUGUUUGUUUUGUGCCGAUAUCCCAGAAGCCACUCGGCUCCAUGCAAAAUCAAAUUGAUGUCGCUUUAACUUUAUUUUAUUUUUUUGGCAUCAAGCUGUGCAGCAACCAGGAUUAGAAAUAAAGCAGAUUACAUUUAAUAUAAAGUGAAACUGACAGGCUAAUAAGUCACAAACUUUCUAGUUUUUACCACAGCUCUCGUCGCCUUUGUUUGGUUAGUGACGAUAUAAAUCUGUCAUUAAAAGCUUUAAAUACA